GUCUGCUUCAUCGGUGCUAGGUACUUACAUUACUCUUGCAUAUAUUUUAUGUCAAACUCAUUUGAAUGGGUGGAAAACUAAGUUCUUCUUUUGAAUUCUUCAAUAGCAAGUUUGAAUUCGGUGUCAAGUUUUUAGGAAGGGCGUUGGCGAAUGUACGCCAGUUGCGAGGAAUAGCCGCUGCUGAGAACCUAAAAGCAGUCGCUGAAGACACCGGCCUCCAUUACAUGGGCACAAUCCCUAAGGACCCGUUCGACCUCUUCAAGAACUGGCACGGCCAGCAGACACAGAACAAUCUAUCCGCCAAUGCUCUUUGCCUCUCUACAUGUAGCAAGAGUGGAUACGUCACAAGUCGGACAUUGAUCCUCCGUAGGUUAGAUGAUGAUGGAUUUGUGAUAAUGACAGACAACCGAAGCAAAAAAUCCCGACAACUUGAGGAGAACCCAAAUGUGGCCAUGAACUUCCUUUGGAUUAAAGAAGAUCCAAAUGGCCUCUUACUAUCUAGACAGGUGCGAGCUGAAGGUAGCAUAAAGCAACUGGUUGAAGAUGAAUGGAUUGAUAUUUAUGAAAGGGAACCACUCUUCUGCAAAAUCCGAGCUCUUGUAUGCCACCAAGGGACAAAAAUUGAAUGGCAAGAUCUAAAGGACAGCCAUGACAACACCUUAAAAAAAUGGCAGCAUGGAGAACUUGUGAUGGAGAAACCAAACCAUGUAGUUGCAUAUAAAAUGUUCCCUACGAUGAUGGAAUUUUAUGAAGCUUAUGGUUCAAAAAUAGCUGAUCGAGUAAUGUUUCUGAAACAAGGAGAAGACUGGAUUUCGAAUAGGAUAGCUGCUUAAACAUGAUGAAAAAAAUUAUAUUUUUAAAUUUUAUAUAUAAUUAUAAAAUAAAUGUUAUUAAUUUCUUAAUAAAAUACUUUAUUAAAGCUGAUAGUAUUAUCUCAAAAUAGGCAUAUUUAAGUUAAAUAAAAUUUAAUUUAAAAAUACUUGGUUUAGC